AUGGAAAAAGAGAAAGAUUAUGCUUCCGAUUCGGAUGAAAGUGAUGAAGAUUUCCGUCCAGAUGCCGGCUGCGAUUCGGUUAGUGAAGAAGAAUCCAAUGGUGAGGAUUCUGUGGUGGAAGGAGAUAAUGACAAUGAAGCUGAUGCCGAGCCUAGUAAAACCCAGAAGAAUGUCAGAAAGAAGGGUAAACGACUAACAAAGAGGCAAAGUAAAAAUAAGAGGAAUAAAAAGGAUAACAAUUCCGAUGAUGAUGAGGAGUAUGAAGAUGAGACUGUUAAUCAAGCAUCGCGCAGAUGUACCCGACAAACCGAUGGUGACCUAACAAAUGGUAAAAAAGUAAUUGAAAAAGACACAUUGGAAUCGGAUGAGGAGGAUAAAUCAAGGACAAAUUCACUGUGGGCAGAUUUUUUGAAAGAUGUCAAUCCGGCAAAGGUGACAAAGACCACCACAAAUGGUUCGGCAACAAAAGUCGAAGAAAAUUCUAGUUCCUCAAAUGGUGAAACAAAAACCAAGAAAGAUGAUGACAAUAAUUCAAAAGAGUCAUCAUCGUCGUCGUCGACAACAGUAAAAACUGUGGAAUCAACCAAAGACGAACCACCGAAGAAGAAAGUCACUGUCACCGAGGUAUUAGAUUUUGCGGGUGAAGAGGUACGCAUACAAAAGGAGGUGGAUGCUUCGAGUAUUAAAGAAAAUCAAGCUGUGGUCACAGCGGCACCUAAAAUGCAGCCAUUUGGACGUAUUAUGCCAGGAGCUGGCAUAAAGCGGCCAGCAGGUUCAGGUACUUCAGGUGGUGGUAUUGGUUCCCUACUCAAUCAAAUUGGCAAGAAAAAGAAACUAUCCGUUUUGGAAAAAUCUCAAAUGGAUUGGAAAAGUUUCAAAUCCGAAGAGGGUAUUGAGGAGGAGCUGCAGACCUUUAAUAAGGGUAAAGAUGGGUACUUGGAACGUCAAGACUUCUUGCAACGUACUGAUUUACGACAAUUUGAAAUUGAAAAAAGUCUACGACAAUCUUCACGUCGUCCUCUCUAAGCUGAUUUGAUAUUUCCUU